AUGCUCAGCCCUCGCGCGAUGCUUCAAGAAGGUGAAGCGGUUCUCGCCGAGCAGGGGAAGGGCGAGGCGGUGCGCCCCGAGUCGGACUGGCCCAGCUCGGCCCCCACGCGAUGCCCAACGUCAGAGCUGGUCGCCUUCGACGACGACCAGGACGCCGACGUGCACAAGGGGAGCUGGGGCGCCACCGCGCACCGGAGCGACGAGCCGGCGCCACUCGAGAAGGCGCUCAUGGAGGCGGUGCGCUCCGUGGGCCAGCGCCCCUGGAGGAGGUCUGCGAUGCCAGCGCCGAGGGAGGCCCCGCUCAGGCGCCUGCGGUCAGAGGUGUUCUGGGAGCAGAGGGCGGCUGCCGCCCAGCGGCCGGCGUGCUCGCCCUGGGAGCUGGGCGUGCGGCAGCGCCGCCCGUGCCUCGAGGGGAGCGACGUCCUCGGGCCAGCGGCGGUCGCGCCGCCAGCAGCAGCAGACGGCGCCAGCGGCGAGGGCGCCGCCGGCAGCCCCAGGAGGUGGGCGGGCGCCGUCUCCAGGGAGUUGCGCCGCGGCGCGCGCGGGCCCGUUGCGCCGCCGGUCCCGCCGCCAGUCCCGCCCCCCUCAGCAGCGCUCGGGGCCGCUCUGAGGUCGCGGAGCCGGUCGUACCACUUGGCUGGGAGCAGCUAG